AUAACUGGAGGCUCGAGUGGCAUUGGUCUGAGCGUUGCACACGAUGUUGCUCGGAGAGGAGCCAGCGUCACCCUAGUUGCAAGAAACCUGGCCAAUUUGGAAAAGGCUUUGGAGGAUGUAAGAAGUACAGCAUCCAGGGCAGGUGCAGGUGGCAAAGUGCAGAUCUUCUCAGCUGACAUCUCUGGAAACCAUGAGCAAAUAGUCUCCCUAGUCAAAGAUGCUGAGAGUAGUCAAGGACCCAUUUACAUGCUUGUCAACUGUGCGGGAUUUGCCCGAGCUAUGAAAUUUGAGGAUAUCUCGCCCCAGCUUGCCAAGCAACUAAUGGAUGUGAACUUCAUGGGCUCCGUCCUCAUAACGCAAGAAGUGGUGCGCAGCAUGAAGCAGCAGCAGGAAGGGAUUGUCGUCUUCACCUCGUCCCUCGGGGGCCUCCUGGGCAUCUAUGGGUUCACGAUGUAUUCUGCCGCCAAAGGGGCAUUGGUCAAGUUAGCCGAAGCGCUUUGUCAGGAGGUAAAGCCGUACAAUAUCACGGUGACUGUGUGUUAUCCCCCUGAUACCGACACCCCAGGAUAUGAGGAGGAAAACAAAACGAAGCCCAUCGAGACCAAGUUGAUAUCAGAAUCUGCAGGACUUUUCAAGGCUGAUGAGGUUGCCUGCAAGUUAGUGAAGGACGCCUUGCGUGGGUCAUUCUGCAGUACAGUUGGUAUCGAAGGCUUUAUGUUGACCACACUUUGUGCUGGUAUGUGGCCCAUAGCGAACUUUGCUGCAGAGUUUGCUGCAUUCCUGGCACAGAUUUUGCUGACGUGGGUGUUCCGAAUCAUCUCUCUGUUUACCUUGUGGAGCUUCGACAGGAUAGUGCGCAAAGAACAUCAAAAGAGGCUGGCCAGUAAGAAGAGCGAAUAACUACGGCAUUUACUACAAGAUUUCAGGCUCCAUUUUGGUUGGGUGUGGCUAUUCUCAAGUUGGUCUUGGCUGUGUGUCUAUUUUCUUUCUUUUCUC